AUGACUGAUCUUAUUUUACCUCAAUUAUAUGUUUAUCCUCUCACCGGUUCACAAAUUGUCUCGGUGAAAAAAAAUGCAGUGGUACCUUAUAUUCCUCCUGAAAUUAUUCGAAUUAUUUUGGAUUUAUUGAGAGAUGAUAUAAAAACUCUCGCUGCAUGUGCUUUAGUUAAUCAUACUUUUAACCUUCAUGCAACCCCGAUCUUACAUCAUACCGACGCAGAUAUAACUACAUCUAUUAAAGAAUAUGAUUUAAUUACCAUACUUCGUUCACCAAAUACAAAGAAUUUCCGAACUUUAGAUAUCGGAUCUUCACAGAUAACACCUUUAAUUUUAACAGUUAUUAAAAAUAAUUGCCCAUCUUUACAAUAUCUUGUUGAUGGAUGGAAGAUUAACGCAAAUUAUGGAAGAAGAUGGUAUUACUCUCGUGAAUCUCAGAAAGGUGCGAUUAAACCUGAUAUAAUACAUGGUAGAAAACUGGAUAUUAUUGAAUAUGGACCAGAAUUUAUAAGCAA